AUGCAGCGAGACGAUCGCUCUCGGGAUUCCGAGGGCUCUGGUUCUCGUCGCCGGUGGUACGAGUCUCGCGAUCGCGAUCUUACUCCAAGAGCUGGAGAUCAGGGAGACUCACACUCACGCUCCUCCUACUCGCGUCAGCAACCGCCAUACCAGCAACAACAACAACCUUAUUCACCCAUGUAUCAAUCACCAACGCAGCAGCGACAGUAUGAACCGCAAAGACAGGAUCAAUUCCAAAUGUACCAACAAUCACCACAGCAAAAUCCGGCAUUACCACAACGACCACAGCAGUAUCAGUAUCCGUACCAGAACCAGUAUCAGCAGCAGCAGCAGCCCUACUACAACGCGCCGCCUCAAUCGAUGCCUGGUUAUAAUAGUCCUUACCAGCAGCAGCAGGCCCUGCAACAGCAGAACCCGCAACGACCGCAAACACCUUCGAGUGUCUUUUCAUCCUCCAGCGACACAUCAACGUCGCUGCUAGAUAUUUCACGAUUCAAGGAUACGAAGGAAUAUGGUGGCCUACUUGGCACAUUUUUCAAGGCGCCCUCGGAACGGGUUAAACAGCGUCUCCACCGAAAGAAAAGUAAGAAGCGCCGCGUCCUUUACUUUGGCAACUCUUCCUCCUCCUCUGUGAACUCUGAUUUAGCUUAUGGAAACGGCUAUGUGCGACAACCUAAGAGCCGUACCUUAAGCCCCCGAAGUCAAAGUCGUAUUUCUGGCCAGGGUUACGGGUCUGCCGCCGGCGUCGGCCCUGGCCCUAGCCAUGGGCGGCGACGUAGCUCUGGAGGGUCUGAUCGUGCUGCGCGACUGACCCCCAAGAAGAAAAAGACCGCCGAUGAGGAGAUAAUGGCUCUCGGCCAGCAGCUCUCUAAUCUGGCACGUCUGUCCAAGGAGGAUGAGCAGCGUCAGGCGCGCAAGGCAUCAGGUAAGGGUAAAGGUAAAGCAGCCGCCAUGGGACUCGCAGCUGGCGUUGCCGGCGCCGCUAUGGCUUCUCAAUAUGGCAGAGACAAGAAUGGCCGCAUGAUAAACGGCUUGAAGCAGCGUGUCGCAUCUUCAGACGACGAGGACGAGUGGGAAGAUGCUUCUGGCGACGAAGAUGACUCUUCUUCUUCUUCAAGCAGCGAUGGUGCUGGUUCAGCUGCCGACUCGGAGCUUGCCUACGGAACCGUUGCAGAGUCUAUCAAGCCUGCGCUCGGCGCUGCAGCAGCCGCUGGAAGCGCCGCCGCCGCCGCAGGCAUGGCAGACCACCGAAGACAAUCUAGUUACGGAUAUGACUCGUCGCCAGAGCACCGGAGGCAUGGAAGCAGGGGCUCCGUUGUUGAUCCUCGUCUUUUUGGACCCUACAACUCGCUGCGAGGCUCAAUCAACACCCCGUGUGGAUUCCGAAAUGACGAUGAAGCUGUCGCAUACCGUCGGGAUUCAGGCAAUUUCGGAAACGGUACACCAGUCCACAUGCGAGAUACGUAUUCUGAUCCUAACCGUUACGAUGGAGAGCGGUUCUCAACGCCUAUCGCAAAGCAAGAUCCUUCAGACCGACCCGCCCCGGUCCCCUUGCAGCAACCGGUUCCUAAAACCCCCGUUUCUUCAAAGGUCUACGAUGCUGUGAAGGUUGAUGAAGCAAACCGCAGAAACCAUCGUCAGCGACGAUCUGAACAACCUGAAGAAAAGGACUGGAGUGGAGUCGCCGUCGGUGGUAUUGCUGCCGCAGCAGCAGCAGCAGGCGUGGCCAUGGCCGCGUCAUCGAAGAAGGAUAGCCGUGAGUAUCGUGAUGAGCAGCAGCGUGAUCGCGACGAUCGGGAGAAUCAACGCCGACUUGACCGGGACCGCCAGAGAGCUCUGGAACUUGAACAGCAAAAGCUUAGAGAGCUUGAGCGUCAAAAACUGCGAGCACAGCAAAGGGCGCAAAACCCGGAAAACGAGGCAGACCGACACGAACAACUGGAGAAGGAACGUGCACGAAACAUGAAGUGGGAGCGUGAAUACCGCGAAAUGGAACCCGAGGCUAUUAUUCCCAAUUAUAAUAAUGAGCGAAAAUCUUCACGAUAUUAUGAUGACGAUACCCCCAAGGAUAGAAAUGACAACAAGGAGAAGAGUAAUGUCGAUGUAGUGGUUGCCCCGAAACCCGAUCAGAACGAGGGGAGACCAUUUGGAAUCCAGUACGGUCCAGAGUUCCAGCUUGAGCGUGAGCCGACGGUUCAGGUUGGGACCGGCGAGCGCAAGGCUACACGAAAUGGUCGCGACCUCCCUCUAGCGACUGGUGCAGGCCAUCAGGCUGUGACGGAAUCGACCAAGUCUACAAACCAAGAUAUUGAUCCUUUCCAAUAUCAGGUUUCAGACGACGCUUUUACCAUGUCUCAAGGCACUACCCCUGGACGACCCCUUACACCUAAUGUAGUUACUGUUGAGCGCGAGCCCAAUUUUGACGACUCUCCACCAAGAGAUUCGGCUGUCGACGCUCGACUUAGCCGCCGCGACUCCUUCGAGAUUCAGCGCAUGGUCGAAAACUACCACCGAGAGUCGCAAGGCGCAUCGCAACGCCGUGACCCCCGAAAUGGCCAUGAGUAUGAAGAGGAGGAGCACAAGGCUAGGUCGAUUCUCGAUGAGGCCAAGCAUGCCACUAUUCCUGUAGCAGCGGCUGCAGUCUCAUCCGCAGUAGCAGUUGAAAAUGAGCGUUCACAAGAGCGUCGAAAGGCGACUCACUCGGAGGACAGUUCUCGGGACACCUCGCGAAGACGAAAAGAUGCUGUCCAGGAGGAGGCAGAUCGAUACUACCGCGAGACCAAUAUCGCCCGAAAAAUUGCUUCCGAUGAGAUGCGAUCACGCAGCGCCUCACCUGAGCGAUCUGUGGUUGAUAAGUGGCAAGAGAACAAGAAUGAAUCGUUCACUAUUGUCACACCACCAGCCAUGGAGGACAAACACCCAGAGAAGAGCAUUUAUGAAGGCCCCGAUGCAGAUGUGAAGAUCGACAACAAGAUUCAUCCUCGAGAAGAACAUCAGUACCGCAACCUGGGCAAGAAGUCUUCGCGAAGGGACGUUUCGCGAGAGCGCCCACUUUUGAACUUGAUUUACCCUACCCCUGCCGUGAGCCGCCAGCAUACACCUGCCCCUGAGGCGCGAAAGGAGCCAGCGGCCGCUGAGGUUGUUGAUAAACCUGAAGACUUUAGUAUCGGACCUAAGGGUGAGAUCAUCUCUGUCAGCGAGCCAGUCUCUGCUGCCAAGUCUGUGAGCUGGGGAGAGAAUGAAACCAAGCGCUUUGAUGCCGACAGCCCCGAGAAGAGUGAUAACGACAACUAUUUCCCUGCCGAAAAGGCUGUCGAGAAGUCCCGACCCAAGCUGAACAAGGCGAGCCGCUGGGGUAUUCUUGCUGCUGCACUGGCUGGUAGCAGUGCUGAGCCACAGAACGAACCUGAUGUCGAAGCCGACCCAAAACAAACCGAAAUGCCUGGAGGUUACUCAUACUCAGACGCAGGAAGCAGCGAUAUUUCCAUUCGACGGGCCGAAUUCUACGUUGAUGACAUGAACAGCUUCCCUCCCGUUGUCGGUACUAAGCCUGCAAGCCCACAGCAAAUGCCCGGUCGCUUUGCGGAUGACAUUGAGUUUGCCGCUACCCUUGCUGCUGGAUUGAAAGACACUGGAUUCAACCCCGAUAUCGUCAUCGAUGAUCCGUCCUACAGCCGACGUGACUCUCCCCCAGGAGUCCAAGAAGCAACCGGCGAUUCCCAUGGCGGAUCAAACGGCAACGCCUGGUAUAAACGACCUUAUGCUGAGGCUGCUCCGGAACCCAUUGAUGCUCCAAAGCUUCUGCCCGAGCAAGGGUUCGUUGUUGGAGAGGUUGAGACUCCUCAGGAAACGACACCCCUGCCUUACGAGAGUGAGCGUGAUAUCAGAGCAGAUGCACCCAAGCCUGAAGAUGUGCCGCUUCCUGACAACCAAACUGAGAGUCCAAAGCCUAGCAAACGAGAACAGCGCAAGCGAGAAAAGUCUGAUGUUGUUGUCGUCCAAGACGAUGGCAGAAUUGAGACUGCCGGGGGCGAAUCAUCACCCUCUCGUGAUGUAGGCGAGGCGGUAUGGGAAGACAUUUCCCGCAAGAAGAGCAAGAAGGAUCGCAAGAAGGAUCGGAAGAGUCGUGACUUUGAUGAUGAGUGGAGUUCAACUGUCUCAGCUCCUGCUCCGUAUGAGCCGAGAUCUGACUAUGACCGGGGCACUUCUCAGGACGAAAACCGCGACCGUGACAUUAGUAUAUCUGACGUUGCUAAGGUGGCUGUGCCUGCUGCCCUUGCCCUGGGUGCCAUUGCCUCAGGCUCAAGAGACACACCUUCUCGCGAUGUUCGCCCCGAUAUGAGUGAUUCUCCCGAGGAGCCACGCAAACAGCUGAAUGAUGACUACUACUACGAUGGCAACAGAUCUCGUGUUUCGGCACCUGCGGAGCCGUCUCAUCACCGACAUUCGUCCAGAGACGCUGUGUCUCGAGAUAUCCGAUCAGACGAUGAGCAGGAUUUUUCCAAACACUCAAGAAAACACAAGAAAGAUCGCGAGUCGCGAGACGAAGGUAGAUACCGGGACUCUUCGACCUUGGACCCCAACGAUCGACGAUCAUCAAGGAGAGAGUCGUCGAGGGAUCGUUCGAGGGAUCGUUCAAGGCAUCGUUCAAGCGACCGCAGAUCCAGGGACCAUUCAAGAGAUCACAGAUCUAGAGAUCGUUCCAGAGACCGCUCAAGGGACCACCGUUCUAGAGAUCACCGCUCAAAAGAUCGUUCAAGAGACAGAACAAGAGACAGGUCGAGGGACAGAACCAGAGAUAGGUCAAGAGAUAGGUCUCAUCACAGAAGAUCCGAUGACGAGGAGAUGAGAGCCAAGAAAUCGAAGCGCCAUCCCUACGGAUAUGACUCACCCACCCAAUCAAUGGCGGCCUCUGAAAUCUCUGUUGCCAGUUCUAGCAGCAAGAGAAGCAAGAAGUCCAAGCGAAGAAACGGCGCUGGGGACGAUUACGAUGACUCAAGAGACAGCCCAUCACACCGCAAGCGCGAGUCUUACGAUGACAGAGAUGCAAGUUCUGCUGUCUCGGAGUCGCGUGGACACCGACGAACAUCGUCUCGAUACGACGAUGACGAUGCUAAGUCGGUUGCGUCUAGCUCAUCCCGUCGUGAGAAGGACUACAAAGAACGCAGAACACCAGAGAAGCGACCAAGCACCAGCGUCCUUUCCGGCCUCUUCAAACCACGCAAGGACAAGAAGGAUUCUUUUUUAGGUAAUGCCGACACCCUUGGCGCGGGUGUCGGCUUGGCGACAGCAGCAGACAUUUAUGCCUCUGAUGCUCGUCGCUCUAACGCCGCUGAUGCCCCAUCAGACCGAGUGCCUUCUGCCUCUGGUGAUGGGCUACGCCAUGUGCGAAGCUUCGAACUGGUUGACCCUGAGGUCAUACCGCGCGUUAUCAAACCAGCCAUCGACCCCCAAUAUGGCGACCUUCUCCCUCUACCUCCUAGUGAACCUUCUAGCCCAACCUCUUCUGUCUCUGACGAACUACCCCCUCUGCCUGAUAGCCGACCCGAUACUCCCCCUGAGGAGCGCGGUGUCCGCCGAGAGCCUUGGCCUCAGCAGCGCCGCCGCAGUAUUUUUGAGACGCCUAUGAAGUCCCCCAGCCGUACCGCUGUUCCCAUCGCGCUCCGUCUAGGUAACAGAUCAAACCCUGCCUCUCCUGUGAGCUUCAGGGCUUCUCCGGCUAGCUCCCCUAUUAUCCCGCACUCGGACGCGGUCGUCAUGUCAAGACGACAAGCUCGACCUACCUCUUGGGACAACAGCCGUGAAUUCAUGCCUCUAUAUCUCCUUGAACAAUCACGACACCCCGCACCCACAACAGGAUCUGUACUUCCUGCUCUGCCACCCAGUGAGCCCAGCGAGACUUCCGCGAGGAACUCACCCGAAUCUGAAUUCCUCAAACACAACGAUGAUUACUUUGGCGAAAACCCUGAUUAUACUGGGCCUGAUCUGCGCGUUGACACUGUUCUCUCUGAGCAGCAAAAGGACUCUGACGCCGAAUCGCAGCAGACGACCCCUCGUGCCGAAUUCAUGCCUAUGCUUCCAGAGCCUACACCCUCUGUCGCUUCCAACGAGCCAAUCCCUGGCCUGGCAGAGCCUGAACUCCCAGAACCCACGCCUGCUACCGCCCCUGACCCCCCUACACCUUCUCUGGCAACCCCUCUUGAGUCUGGCAGCAGGGAUAUGGCUGGUGAUGAACACUCUGCCCCGCCCCCCUUUGAUGCUGCUGCCAUUGCCGUUCCUGUCGGCUUGGGCGCCAGUGCUGGUUUAGCUGCUGCUGCCCUUCUUCAUGCUAGGAAUCGUGCCGACUCACCUGUGGAGAAGACAGAUGAUCUCACCUCUGCCGAUGAGUAUUUUUCCGAUGCUAUUGAAGACCCUUCUGAACAGACUUCACCUAGAGGAGAUAUUUCCCGACGACUCUCAGCUGCCGUUGACAGAGAGCCUACUUCUGAGUCUGCUGCUAAGUCUCCUUACGAACCUUCUUCCGAAACUACAACUGGGGCUUUCACUACCCCCGUCAACGAGCUCGUUGCUGAUGAGGCUUCUGAUGUCACAUCUCAUGCUGAGCUCGCUGCUGAAAGGACAGCAGUCGAACAAGUAGAGGAUCAGAUCGCUAGGGAUAUUCCUGAUAUCACUGAUAGUGCGACUGAGCCGUUUACUGUUCCUAUCAAUGAGCAUAUGGUUGAAGAGCGUAUUCAUGCUGAACCUGACGCCGACCCUGCAAACGAGGCGGCCAAAGAGAUUGAGGAGCCGGUAGUAAAGGAGGCUGGUGUUGCCGACAAGAGUGCAGCUGAAUCUUUUGCCAUUCCUGUUGAGGAGCUCGCUACCGAAGAGCCCGCACAUGCUGGACCUGAUACUGACCUUGUGACUAAAGAGACAAUAGCCAAUGAGGCAGACAGACAGGCAUCCAAGGACAUUUUUGAUGCUAGCGAAACUGCAGAGGAGACUGUCCCCAUUCCUGUCAGUGAGCCUACCAUUGAACAGCCUACUAUCGAAGAGCCAGCUGUCGAAGAGCCAGCUGUCGAAGAGCCAGCUGUCGAAGAGCCAGCUGUCGAAGAGCCAGCUGUCGAAGAGCCAGCUGUCGAAGAGCCUACGGUUAAAGAGCCUUUGGUUAAAGAGCCAACGGUUGAGGAGCCAGUUGUCAGUGAGCCUACUGUUGAAGAGCCUUUGAAUGCGCCAUCAAACACAGAGCAUUUUGUGGGGGAGGCAAAGGAAGAUGCCAUUGACAGUUCGACUGCUCUCAUCACUGAGCCCACUUCUGAAAAGCCUGCUAAUGCCAAGUAUGGUGCCGAACCUGUAUUCGACGAAGCAAAAGCCAAAGAAAUGGAGGAAAAAGCUACCACGGAUGCUGCCGCAGCUUUCCAGGCGGCUGAAGCUGAAGCUGCAGCCAAAUCUGCCGCCGAAGCUGAGACUGCCGCACAGGCUGAAGCUGCAGCCAAAUCUGCCGCCGAAGCUGAGACUGCCGCACAGGCUGAAGCUGAAGAGGUUGCUAAGGAAGAGGAGGAGAUGGCUGCUCUCAAGUCUAAGAAGGCCAAGAAGCUCACAAAGGCUGAAAAGACCCGCUUGAUGACCUUGAUUGCCAACUCAGUCAGACGAGCUAAGGCAAAGGCUGCCGAAACUACCCCUAAGCCAGUCGAGCCAGUCGAGCCAGUCACCAGACCAAUCGCAGAGCCUUCUGCGGAGGAGCCUGUAGUCGAGGAGCGUACCGAGACACAGGAGUCCACUGUAGAAGACAGCACCGCGUUAGCCAAGGACACAGUUCCUGAGGCUCUUGACAACCUUCAAGAGCCCGAGUCCACCGAACAAGUCAUGGAAACUACUCCUGCUGAAACUAUGGCCGAGGAGCCUUCUCGAGAUCUCGCAACAGAACCUAUUAUCAAGGAUGUUACUGUAGCCGCUCCUGAAUCUUCACCACUGCCAACCGACGAGCCAUUCGCUGAGCCUUUGGCAGAUGUUCCCGAAACACAUGGACCUUCUAAUGAGCUAGAGACUCAACAAGCUGACAAGAACAUCCUCGAUCUUUCCAAGUCCAGCCAUGAGCCAGAUACUAUCCCCCAGCCUGAAUUGGUUGUCGAAGAUGUCUCGGUCACUGAGCCCAUGGUUGAAAACAUGAACGAGAAGACGGAGGACCUUCCUCGCGAAGCUGACAAUAACUCCAUGACACUCACUCCCGAUGCUAUUGUAGAACCUCAAACGACCCCAUCUGUCGACGCCCCUGCCGAAGGUACUGCUGAAGUUGUCGAAGUCGCUGAAGCGAAGCCAGAACAACCUGUGGCUGAGCGUGCAGUGAAUGAGAUCACCAUCGAAGAGUGGGACAAGAUGAAUGCCAAGGACAGAAAGAACAUGAAGAAGAAGCUCAAGAAGCAGGGACUUGAACCGAUUAUUCAAGACUCAUUUGAUCUUCCAGCUCCUGCUGAUGACUCGGCCAAGGACAACCAGCCCACUCCAAGUGAAGAGACCAUUGCGGAGGACAAAUCUUCUGUGUCAAAGUCGGUUAUGGCUGAAACCGAAACCCUAGGCCCAUCUGCACCCGAGCCAUCUGACGCCGCCGAAGCUGAGGGCGUUCAAGAGCCUGCUACUGCCCAAGGAGAAGAGCCCAUCAACAUAACGCUUGAGGAACCGUCUCAUUCUACAGAGAAGGAUACUUUGCCAGUCAGCAAAGAAUUGGUCAUUCAGCCAGGAACGGAAAGCACAGUACAGGAGGUGGAAGUCCACACUGAACCUGCAGCACCCGCAUCUGAGAACGAGCCUGCACCUGAAUCGGCCACCGAGGCCCAUACCGUCAUGGAGCCUGCACCUGAUGCCACCCCAUACGAGGACAAGGCCGUCGAGGAGUUGCCUGAGUCUCCAUCCAAGAGCAAGAAGAAAAAGAAGAAGAGCAAGGUGCAGCAACCACCGAAGGAGGAACCAACAUCUAUGGAACCCACAGCUGUUCCGGCUGAGGAUACAGCCAUAGAUGCCUCCCCAACCCCUCAAGCUGAAAAGGCGGCUUUCGAUGCUUGGGCUGAUCCGGUUGUUUCUAUUGAGACCCCCACUGCUGCACCUGUCGAUGUACCCGCCGAACAAUCCUCGGCUGUUGUGGAGGAUCCCCUACAACCUUCUGCGGACUUGCCACAGAACGCCCCUGUUGAACAUCCCGUUGACGCAGAUGCCUUUGAUGCCUGGGCUCAGCCAGAUACUGUUGCGAAUACCGAUGUUAUUGAGCAAGAGCAGGAUAAGCCUGCUGAGAUUGCUGAAUCACUUCCCGAACAGCCCAACGAGUCAAUGCAGGGCGAAGAUUCCGUUUCUUCCAAGUCAAAAAAGAAGAAACCGAAGAAGAAGAAGGGCAACAACACAGAUGGCGAGCCAGUAACUGAGACUCAGGAUGGCAAUUUGCAAGAUAAAUCUCCUGACGCACCCGAGAAGACAACAUAUGAUUUGACCGAACCACCCGCCCUGGUAGCCGAUAGAAAGACUGAUAUCAUCGAUGACACCCCGGCCGACGAAGCUACACCAUCGAAACCUGUUGUGUCAAUACCCAAGCAGGAUGGUGAUGACGCCCCCUACUCUCCCUCUUCUGGCAAUCAAUCCCCCUCCACCAAUGAUCGAAAAGGUUACUUUCCUUCUGCCCUUCGCGCACUCCCCGGUGCUGCAGGAAUAUCGGCCUUUAAGAGAAUGUGGGGAUUCCAGGAUCAAGCGAGAGCGCAGAACCGCAUGCGUCAAGCUCAACCUGAUGCUGCCAAGCCCAGCAGUGAGAGCCAGCCUGACCCUGUAAGCGCUGAGACAUCAGAGGUCACCGAGGCAAAGCCUGAUGUUCCCAUCACCGAAGUGGUUAGUGACAAGACUGCUGUUAACAAGCCCCUGACUUCGUCUGAUUCUCAUAUGUCCGAGCCUCUUUUCUCUCAAGGGGAUGCGCCUGUAGAGGAAUCGCAAGCAACGAAUAGUGAAGUGGAGCCUUCGCAGGGUGAUGAACCGCAGAAUGUCGCUACACAUGUGAACGACGACGUUCCUGACAACAAUGAUGCACCUACAGCUAUUGAACAGCCUGUGGCGGAGACAGAGGAUGGCCCAGCCGAAUCAGCUGAAUUCACACCUGAGACAGUUCGCAAGAUCCCUACUGGAGUAAUUGAAAGCGAGGGUGUGAAAUCCGUCGAAAACCCAUCGAUGGAGAGAAUACCCGACGUAGCGCAAGCUAUUGAGGGCAAACCUGAUGAGACUGCCGAGGAUAAGCCUGCGGAGAUGACAAAGGACGAUAACGCGAACCCUACAGAAUUAGUACCAGAUGAUACGAUAGAGGUUACCGAAGUCAAGCCUGAACUAGCUACCGAAGAGGAGCCAAACAAGCCCGUUGAGGCCGAGAACACAAAGACUGCCGAGGAAACUGUCACAGGAAACAUUGAUGACGUGUCUGGUUCUAAGAAGAAGGCAAAGAAGAACAAAAAGAAGAGGAAGAGCCAAGCCGGCCAGGACGAGACUCUAGAGCACGAGACAAAUGAUUCGGUUCAACAAGACCAAGUGAUUGAGGAAACACCCGUGGAGGAAGUCACACAUGUGUCGAAUGAGGCGGACAACCAGGCCUCGUUCUCGGAACCACUGGUAGAAGCCUCUCACGACAUCCCAGAGGAACUCAGUGUAACAGAGCCUGGAGCAAAGCCAGACAACACAACUCAAGUCGAAAUUGUUGACGAUCAACCUGAAAUCAAGCCAGAGAUCGAGAAAUCAAUUGAGCCAGAGGUUUUGGACCAAGUGCCAACCGACGACAAACCACUUGAGGGUGAGACAAAAGAAGAGGCCAAAAUAGACAACGAGCCAACUCAAGUGCGAUCUGAAGAAGAGCUGCACAUGAAUGAAAAACCUGAAGAUACACCCGAGGCCCGGCCUGACGACAACUCAGAAGACAAGCUCCAGAGCGGCGAUAAAUUACCUGAAGCCGGGAUCGACCAGCCACAGACUGAUGGCAAGUUGGUGGAGCCUGAAAAUCAAGAGUCUCACCAGACCAACCAUGACGCUGCCCAAGCUGAAGACAUACCCACCGAUCCCGAGGUUCAGUUGUCACCGCAAGUGGAUGACAAGCCUCAGGCUGAAACAGAGGAAUCGCAGCAGAUGGACGGCAGACCCCUCGAAUCAGAUGUACAAGAGACAUUGCAAACUGAUGAAAAGUCGGUCAAAGAUGAGAUCAAGGAGCCAGAUUCCGAUGUUAAAUUGCCCCAAGUCGAGACCCCCAAGGAAGACGACAAACCAAUUCAGCCCGGAGUCGCGGAACGAGCGCAGACUGACGACAAACCCACGCAAGCUGAUAGCAUCGACGACAAAACAAUUGGUUCUGAAGAAAAAUAUCCCUCCUCCAGCGAGAAGCAGGUGGAUACAACAGUAUCUGAGGAACAAACCCAAGCUAGCCGGGAUGUUGUCGCCAUGCCCUCUGUAGAUAACGUUUCUCCGAUGCCACGGAAAGCCGGGUCACCAAAAGCUGGGUCACCAAAAGCCGGGUCAGUUGCAAUGAAAAUCAAAGAAGCAGAGAGCAAAGCUUUGCGCCAAGCAGAGGACGCUGAGACAGCAAAAGACAAUGCGGAGAUCGAAGCAUUGCUCGAGAAGCAAUCGCGCAGAGGAGGCCGUCUCCUCAAGAAAGAUCAAAAACGCCUUACCGCCCUUGAGGAUAGCGUAGCUCGAAGGGCAGAGGCACGAGCUGCCCGUGAAGCUACGCCGCCAGCUGCUCAGGAGCCUGCCGAUUCCCUUGCUGCCGAUGCCAAUGUCCAGAACCCUGCCGAAAUGGACGCCAAACCAGCUCAGCCAAAGGAAACUCGUGACAUAGAUAUUCCUCAAGAUACGGCUCCAGUUACUGAGGCGACUGCAGCCGCUGAGAAUCAAUCUGGCGAAGCCCAGCCAACAGAAACAUUGGGCGAAGCUGAAACAGUGGGGGCGGGUUCAUUGAACGAGGCCACAGAAACUCUGACAGAUUCACCAUCGGAGGACAAGCCUACGGAUGACCAGGUUGCCGCUGAUACGGCCCCAGCUGCAGAGCCCCAAGUGGAAACAUCAGUCGACAACGAGGUAACAGAGCCAGCAAGCAAGAAGCCCAAGAAAAAGAAGAAGAGAAAAUCAGUAUCCUUUUCAGAGAACGGGGAGUCGCAGGAUCCAACAGAAAACACUGAUACGCGCACAUCGGCGCCUAAAUCCGAACAGCUUGAUCAAAGUGCUGCCAACACUGAGGAUACUCCUGCACACGCGGAACUUGCUCCUGAAGAGGCUCCUGCCACUCAAGAUAUACCUGAAGUCCCAGCCUCUGAGGAUACAGCUACAGAUGUGCCGUCAUCUGCUGCAAAAGAAACCGAAGCGUCUUCAUUGACUAACCCCGAAAAUCCUUCGGCUGAGAACGCCACUGCCGAGAGCCAGGCUGAGGGACCUUCGGAUGCUACCUUGGACAAGGUUGAAUCAGAGCCUGCCUCCGAGAAGAAGAGCAAGAAGAAAAAGAAAAAGAAGAAGGACACAUCUACAGAUGAACCAGAAAAGCAACCUGACACCGAGUCCCCAACUCAGACGACUUCUGAAUCCAUAUCUAAGGCUUCUGAGGAUGCCAAAGAUGUUGAACAAGAAGCAUCUUCCGGUACAACUAACCUAGCAGAGCCAGUCGAGGGUGAGACUGCAGAAGCAUCUCCUCUUCCACUGGGAUCUGAAACAGCGAACAUGGCUCCUGAGAUUCUCCCGACAGACGAUGAGCAGGCACAGCCAGCUGAUAGCGAGAAGCCUGGGGAGGUCUCUCCUAGCCAGGAACUAGCAUCGGCCACCGAGGCUACUGAAGUACCAGAUGCUGUUGUUUCCGAGCAACCCCCUACCGAGCAACCUCUACCGAACGUCGACGAACCCGAUUCCCCUGCAAAGCUGUCCAAGAAGGAUAAGAAGAAAAAGAAGAAGGCAGAUAAGAAGAAGGCAGCACUUGAAGAAGAAUCCAAGGAGCCUGAGCCCGAGCCUACUGCAUCUUCCGAAAAGGGUGAAGCUGAAGUUGAACUCGAAACAACCGAGCGCUCGGUCGAAGAUCCCAAAGUUACGCGUGACGAGAUGUCCAAGGAGACCGACUCCAAAGAAACUCCCAAGGCAGAUAUAAUUUUGGAGGGCGAGGAUAUCACACCAGCCAACGAAGCCAAAGUGCCACAUACCGGUAAUUCCGGAGAACUUCCUAGUGAAGAACCAGCUAGUCCUGAAGACGAGCGGGGUGGGUUUAGCCUCAGUCAAUCCCAGACCGACCAAAAGAACAAGGCUAAAGACAGCGAUUUUGAAUCCGUACAGGACCUCAAGACCAAUCAUCCAGCACAGCCGGAGACAAUCAUGGAUCCGGUAAGGCAGGGCGUAACCACCGCCGUCGUGGAUGAGGCUCAGAGCCAAGGAUUUUCUGAAGGCACACAACGACAGGAGGAUAAGACUGAAACUGUUCAUCUUGAUCCCCCCGUUGAGCCUGAAACAAAGCUGGAGUCGGGUCUGGGAUUGGAAUUGGGAAAGGAGAAGACGGAAGAUGACGAGGAGUUUGCUGGCCUGUCGAAGAAACAAAUCAAGAAGUUGAAGAAAGCUCGAGCUCUGGUUGCCCCGGAAUCUUCAGUUGAAGCAGAGAUGCCAAAGGAAAGUGGAAUCUCACUAGACGAGGCAGCGGAACCUGCGAAUGAAGCUGGUACAGAGUCUGAGUCAACCCCUCAAACUUGUGCCGAAUCUGCGGCUGAAACCACCACCGGGGCAGAGCAAGAGCUUGGUUACGAGACCAUGAAUGAUCCACUCCCUGACAUUGAGGAGACUGUACCUAUAAUUGAGCCUGAUUUUGAAGCUGAACCCGAGUCCAAAACUGAGAUUCAACCUUUGGACAAUACCGAUAUUCAACCUGCGACAGGGGGAGCUGAUGCCGAGCCCAAACUUGAUGCCGACUUGCAAACAAGACAACCCCAGUCUGAUGGACAGACAACUUCCGAACAGGAUAUCAUUGUUCCUGCGCCGGAUGUUGAUUCUGGAGACAAUUUAACUGAUGUUCCUGACAAGAGUUCAAGUACUAACCCUCCCGUUGAGCAUCAAGUUGUGAAGGAGCCAGAUUCCUCUCGCGUAGAGGAAGCAGCUGAGCCACUACAGAUACUUGGUGAAUCCGUCGAGACAACUCAAGAUUCGCGCUCGCACAUUGAGGCGCAAGCAGGGCCUAUCGCCUCAGCAAAGCCUGAACAGCCUGAAGUGGCCACCGAAGACAUCCCCUCCUCAUCGUCAAACAUGACAGAGAAGAGUGCGGAGGUACCAACUCCUGUGGAAGCGGAACCUUCAGAGUCAGUCGAGAUCAACCAGCCACUUGAGGAGACACUGGCCAAUAUUCCCGCUGAAAGCGUGGAUGAAAACACUCCUGAACAGGCGGUGCAAGAUCCCCAAGAGCCUAUCCUGCAGCCACCUGAAGACCCUACACAGUCGUCUGAACCAGAAACUGUUGAGUCAGAAGCCAUUUCUGAGCCUGCUGCACCAGUUGAAACUACACCAGAGCGUGACACUCAAACACCGUCUACUGAUUUUGCAACGGGAUCUACGGAGCAGACGCCUCUAGACCUACUGCCAUCGUCAAACCUUCCCCUUCCUACGCCAAUCCUACCCGAAAACCCCAGUAGUCCCCAACUUGUGAGUGAAACUGCCGGGCCUGAAUCAGUGGGACAAGACCUUUCUGUCACUAUCGAGGAAACGGACCCUCUGUCUGUUGCUCCCAAUGUUCUCGAGAGCGACGACACUCUAAUUCCUGAUGCUCAGACUAUACCUAUGCCAGAGGAGGAGGGGAAGUCAGUGGAAAGCAAUGUUGAGCAGCAAUUGGAGGAACUCUCGCAGCCUACCGUUGGAGGUAGUCUCAUGGUCCCUGCGGACUUGCCUCUAGAGGAAAAGCCAAUUGAGGAAACUGCUACUUCGUCGUAUCCUACCACUGAGGCCAUUCCCAUUCCAGAGCCAGAGGAAGACCCAGCAAGAGACACUGAAGCCAACCAAGACAUUGCAAACGAGACCACUAAUGACGAGGCAAGGGCGGAACUAGUCGAGCUGACAAAGGAUAAGCCGACCACACCUGUACUCGAAAACCAACAACAGUUGGUUUCUGAUGUCCAUUCUCUUGAGAGUUCUACGUCGCAGAGCGAUCCGCAAGUGACCGACGAUAAAUCCAGUGAGAAGGUCCAACUCCCCAAAGAGGAUGCAGAAAAGGAGGGGUUUGAGGACAGCGCACCAAGUGAGACAAACGUUCAGGAGACACCAGAGGCGACCUGGGAUAAUGUUCUCCCACAAGUAGAAUCCACGACAGAGGAUAUUAUCCCCGAUACCACUGCGCUGCCAGAUUCCUUGCCGGAUCCACCAACCGAGUUGAUGGACACCUUUAAUACCAAUGAGCCUGAAAAGCCGGAACGUGGUGAGAAUGAGUUUACAGCCGAGGACUGGCAAUCUCUCGCUGCCAAGGAGAAAAAGAACAUUAAGAAAAAGCUGAAAAGGAAGGGCCUUGACCUAAUCAUUCAGGAUUCUUUCAAACCUAUAACUCCUGGUAGCGAGGUGGUGCUUGAAGCUGGCACUGAAUUAGAGCCUGUCGCCACUCAACCAGAAGACCUCAUCACUGGACUUACUGAAGUCGAAGCGCAGACUGAGCAAAACCAGGAAGAAUCCCCAAACAAGACAUCUGAUAAGCUUUCUUCCAGCCCAAAUGACAACAAUGUUGUUGUUGACACACAGGACGAUCUCAACGACGUGACAAAGGAGCAGGCUAAACCCACAAGCCAAGCCACACCUGUUGAAACGAACAUCUCCACUGAGUCACCAUCUUCGCAAGAGACGCCCCCGCCCGCUGAAGUCAAGUCAGACGAGCAACACAAUGUGAAGGAUGAUGUGGCUUCCCCUCCAGAGGCCGAAGAUAAGGAGAUGGCGGAACUCGAAGGCAAACCCGAGACUCAAGUGCCAGCAAUGGAAGUGCCAGCAGUCGAAGCUCCAAACGAAUCUGAAAUGCCGUCAUUGCUUGAAGAAAGCCAGCGUGGAUCUGAAUCACAAGAAGAAGUCCCAAUUCCUUCGCCGGCCAAAAAUGACACCAGUCGAGAAACCGAAACCGAAAUUGCACCCGUUGAGCCGAUUAGGGAAACAGAGCCCGAACCAUCAACAUCGCAUGAACUGGAUCACCGAGUGACAACACCCCAGCCUACGAGUGAAGUCCUAGAGGCUCAUGAUCUGGAACUACCGUCUUCAAAUCCAGUCACAGAAACCGAAGGAGUACCAGAAACUCACAAAGAUAUGGUUAUUGGCUCGGGCCCCGAGGAGUCCUCAGCGCCCGUCGAUCAGACGUCUCUUGUCCAGGAGACCUUUGUGGUUGAAGAGUCAUCAGACGUCUCGCCGAAGAAGAGUAAAAAGAAGAGGAAGAGUCGUAAAUCUGACCUUAGCGAAACCGAAACUCAAGCCCCUAGCAGCAACGAGACAAAAAAUGCAGUCAGUGAUGAUGUGCCACAAGAAACCCGCCGGUCCGUGGAGGAUACGCAGGACCAUGGAAGGAACGACAAAUGUCAGGAUCAACCAGACAGUAUCAUGACUAGCCAACCAGCAAAUGAGAUGCCAUCAUCUGUAGAGCAGCCAUCAGUCAACACCGAUUAUCCAACUCUCGACACACGAGAGACUUUGGAGAAAAGCGAGAACCAGAAAGAAAACCAAGAAGUUUCCCACAUCAUCGACGACAAUAACGCUCCAAUGCCUACCGACCUGUCUCCAACAUCCAGAGAUAUAGAACAAGCGCAGCCCACACAGCUCCAACCGGAACAGACUGUUACUGAAAAAAGAGAACCAACAUCAGAUACCACAGGAGAAGGCCGCGAGAACACAGCCUCUCUGCCCGAUGCACAUGCUGAAGGAAGAUCAGUUGAGACUGAGAGAGAUGUGAACGUUGUGCUUUCUGAAGGCAAAAAGAAGACGAAGAAGGCCAAGAAAAACUCUGGCGCUGCUGGCACCGAACUCGCCGAUUCAAACAACGGUCACCCAAGCUUGGAGCCUGUCCAGAGAUUCGACGAGCAGCAAGACAAACCGAGUUCCGCGGAUAUACCAACGGUCGGACGCUCUAGUCAGCAAAUACAAGACGAACCUGUCAAACCUGAUGAGGAAAACUUCCCAAGGAACAUCUUAGAGAAACCCACCUCAGGACUGCCAACUCCCACGCCAAAAACCACAUUUGAAGACAUUGUAAAGCAGAAACCCGGCGAUGAAGUUGCUGAACCCAUCAAGUCGCCUGGUCGAUCAAGUAAAGGCAAGACUACAACACAGCCAGAGGGCAUUGCUAGCUCGAUCUUCUCCAUGGCCAGUUCGUUCUUCUCCCAGAAGGACAAGAAGAAGAAGCGAAAAGGCGAGCCCACCGGAACACCUGGAUCAGGAACAGCAUCACCAAUUGAACAAACUCAAGAAACCCAGCACAGGACAUCACAGUCUCCCAAAAGCCAAGCCCGCUCGAGCCCAAGCGAUGCCUUAGUUGAGCAUAUCCAGCCAGUCGAAGAGAAAACAACUGUCAAUACGCCUGAAUCUCCGAAACAGCUCGAUCAAAUCACUCGUAUAGUUAACGAAACUCCUGGUGCUGUCGAGGAUGACUCGAAGGUAGGGCAAGCAGUGGAUACGGUUACGACAAAGGGCUCAUCUGGAAAGCUAUCAAAGAAGGACAAGAAAACCAAAAAGAAGGAGCAGAAGCGAGCCGAGGAUGAAGCCAAACAGACAAGAGAGGCCCCGAAUGUCGCGCCCUCUUACCCAAUAGCUCCCGACCAACUCGUACAGAGCAACCCUGAUAUCGAUCAACCUGCUCAGGCUACAGAGUCACUCGAGUCUUCUACUUUGCCACAAAAACCCGAGGUUUCUAUACAGCCAUCACCCGAUCUGCCCCAGAGUGGUGACUUCCCCCAACUUGGAGGGGAAGAAACUAGUCUGCAAGGCCAAAAGUCAAGGAUGAACGAACAGGACAUUGAGCAACCCGAGCAUAGCUCCCUGAUCGGCUCCACAACCAAAGGUGAUGCAAAGCCCGAAAACGAAGACGUUCAGGCGUCGCCUGCUGUCAAGCAACCUCAGUCUAUCAUUGAAGAGCCCUUGACAGACCCUGUGCCCAGCAAAAUGCUAGAAAGCGGGCGGGAUGCUGCCACGGACUUUGAUAACUCUACUCAAGCUAGGGACUUGACCAUGGUGACUGAGCCUCCUCUGGCGAGUCCUGUUGAUGAGCCCAUGACCCAACCUACAGUGCCAUUUGUCCCUGAAGGCCAAUCCUCGGGCUCUUCUCCUGUCAAUACCGUCAAUCCCCAGUCACCUUCUGCUAUACCCACAAAGGUAGAAGGUAUUGACGCUAGUUCAGAUUCGAAGCUGUUGAAGAAGGAAAAGAAAAAGGCGAAGCUAGCUUUGGAAAAGGAAGUUGCAAAUGAGCCUAAGGCCCCUGACGCACCAGAUACUGAGUCUUCUCGGGCCAGCAAGCCAAUAGAACCAGACGCACGAGGUAUUCAACGCCCAUCAACGCCAGACAACACACGGAAAUUGAAGGAAACAGCUGCCAUUGAAGCGAACGACCAAGAUGUUGAGGGCGAGAUCAGCCCGGAUGCAGCAACAAGUUCCAAGAAAGGCAAUGAGACUGAGCGUGAAACUGGAAUCGAAAACGCCAUCACCACUCCAGUCAACAGAAAGCUUAGUGCUCCACCUGUAGCGGAACCAUCGCAGCUUGUAACAGUCCCAGUCCAAGGCAAGACCACAGUUGAACCUGAUCCAGCAACAAUCGUCGAGCCUUAUGAGAAAGCAAUUUUGCCUAGGCCAGCAUCAGACAUCCUCACAUCUGGACCAGACGCCUUAACAGAGUCCCCAAUGACAGCUGCUCCUGUCGCGAUACCUCAAGAGCCUGAUAUGAUCAUACCCGAGGAGAACCUCCAAACGCUUCCCCUGUCUCCUCAGAAUAAGCAUAUGAGUGCGGAAGACCGAUCGACGAAACCUGCUUUAGCCCCUUCACCGAGUUUCAAAAACGACACAACUCUAAGCGCUCGAUUGGGGUUUAAUAGGCCCACUGCGAGUACGAAAGAGAAGAAGAAGAAGCGCCGGAAGAGCUCAGAGCAGACAAUGUCGUCCCCAGAGCCUGUUCCCGUUAGUUCGCCAGGUGCCUUGACUGAGACAGAUAAACGAUCAGCGAAGACUCAAAAGGGUGUUGGAGAUAGCACAGCUGCUGCGGGUGAUAAACGACCAAACAAGCUCGAAACGUCUAUUUUUGCUAGAGUUACGGCAGCUGCAGCCGCUGCAUGGGGUACUAAAAAGGCUGGUGACAAGACCACGAAGGAACAGACGCAGGAUGAGCAAAAGGAUGGAGAAGAAAGAUUAGGAGAGAGGGAGAGUACCCAAGACGAGCUUGGUGAGCGAGCUUCAACUGAUGGAAAAACGACAACCGAGGCCAACUCGCACGACAUCAAGUCCCCAACUAUAGACACCGCCAAAGACGCCCACCAAAAUACAUCGGUGUCUCGUGAAGUACAAGAAGUCGAUAUGGAUAGGAAGACAGACGAGACCGCGAUGGUCGGUAAUGAAUCCAAGGACAAGGAAAGAGAAACUACUGGAAAUGCGACAGACAAGACCAAGACCCCCGAGAAAAGGUUGAAAUCGUCAAAAGGCACUGAGAGUGCCAGGCAAUCACCAGCCGAACCUAAGCAGCCAGAACGACAAGAUGAAUUGGCUAGCCCACACGGGCUGACCAGAGACGCCCCUGCCAGGUUCGAACAAGAGGAUAAGAAAUUACAAAGAUCGCGGCCGGACGACUUGGACGACGUGGAGAGUCCCGUUCUCGGUCGCGGCGAUUCACAAUUGUCAAGAGGGUCGUCGCAGAAGCUAUUACGCCGUGACUCUGGCGUAGAUGAGCCUCAAGGUGGUCUGCUACGAGAAGACAGCACUACAAUCGCGCCUAUGCCGGUCAUGGAAUCCGACAUCAGUGAUAUUCUGAGGUCGCCAAGCAGACUUUUAGAGCCGGUCCUCGAGGUUCCUGAGGCGGAAACGGAACCAACCAGGGGGACAUACUCACCACCACCUCAAGUCAGACGAAACAGUGGCCCUGCGGGUGACGCAUCGAGUUUUCAGAGACGGAGUAGGCGUCUGAGUGAAGAAUCCAGGCGUGAUAGUGUCACAGGAGAGAGGCCAACUUUGAGACGAAACAAACACCGCAGUCCAGAAUCGUUUCGCGACAGCGGAAUAGAGACCGAUGGCUGGGAGCAUCCACAGCCAAAUUUGGAUCGUACGGUCAUGCAAACUCCCGAGCCAAAAACCGAGCGAAGACUUCGUCGCUCUCCUCGAGGCGGCACGCCAGUAUUCCGAGAGCCCACUAUACCAAGUCCAACCCCAGAGCCUGAGAAGAAGAAACAAUACGGAAUCCUUACACCGGUAGGCGCUACCGUUGCAGCGGGUGCGGGUGCGGGUCUAGCGUCAACGCUAUCUAGAUCUGGGCCGGAACCUUCAACAUCGACAUCGACUCCCACUCGAACGCCCACUCCAAAUUUCAAUUCCAAUCCAAACUCAAACUCUAACCCUGCAGCGUCAUAUGCUGGACAAAGAAGCUUUUCCGACAAUGCAAGUCCUGUUCGGCGAUCGACUCCUCGCCUUGAAAGCGCAGCACGUCGGGCUGUCUCUAACACGAGUCUCUCGCGUCGUCGAACCCCAGAGCCGCUUCAUUCAAGGCCUGAGAGUCCAGGCACCAACCGGUCGUCAGGCACCCCCACUCCACCGCUACGCCGCGCCGAUAAGCGAAUGAGCGGUGAUCUGCGGUCUAUACGUCAACAAAACAACACCGCUACCGCUACCGCAACAGCGCCUGUCAGCUCCACGCCCGUCGCAAAUGAGGGUCGUGCCCGUGCCACCAAGGACAUGGCCGACAUCUACGAUGGAUUCGGUGAGGGGCGCAUCGGCUCGCCUCGAUCGCCUACCCGGCCUCACAGCAUGCGUCGCCGACAGAGCAUGCAGGUCCUCGAACUCGAGAAUAGGGUUGAGCAGCUAAUGGCCGAGAACCGAAUGCUCACAGAUGCCCGUGCUAUGGCUGAGACAAGUUUGAGCCAACGCGCUGCCAACAGUCUCGCCGAGCGUGACGCCGAGAUCGAUACCCUUAAGCAAUCGUUACAGUUCCUCCAGAACGAAGUUUCUCGGCUUAGCGAAGUUAACGACGGUCUUGCCAGCGCCAAUACUGAGCUCGCCAAUAAAGACACUGGUCGUGUAGCCGACCUCGAGAGCCGCAACGCGAUUGUCGCGCGUGAAUUGGAAGAGGCCCGUCGCUCCAAAGGAACCACUGAGCAGUCCCUUGAAGAGAAGGACGCUGAGAUUGCCGAUCUUCGAGCCCAACUCGACUCCGCCAAAGAAAAGAUUCGCGAGUUGCAACGCCAAAUCCUUGAGGCCAAGGCCCAUGACGCCCACUUCCUCAACAUUCGUGACGAGGAUCACUUUGAUCACCGCUGCCAACAACUUUGCUCCCAUGUUCAACAGUGGGUGCUGCGUUUCUCUAAAUUCUCAGAUAUGCGCGCUUGUCGCUUGACAAAUGAGAUCAAUGACGAGAAAACAAUCGACCGACUCGACAAUGCCGUACUUGAUGGCUCUGACGUCGAUGUUUACCUUCGGGAUCGUGUAAAGCGACGUGAUAUCUUCAUGUCCAUGACCAUGAACAUGAUCUGGGAAUUCGUCUUCACCCGCUACCUGUUCGGUAUGGAUAGAGAGCAGAGACAGAAGCUCAAGUCGUUGGAGAAAUUACUGACUGAGGUCGGUCCCCCCGAAGCGGUACGUCAAUGGCGUGCCGUCACUUUAACACUGCUGGCGAAGCGCGAAAGCUUCAAACGCCAGCGCGACCUGGAUACAGAGGCCGUUGUCCAGGCCAUCUUCCAGACGCUAUGCAAGAUCCUUCCACCGCCGACAAACCUGGAGGAUCAAAUUCAAUCUCAGCUACGACGCGUCAUGAGAGAGGCCGUUGGUCUCUCGAUCGAGAUGCGUACGCAAAAAGCUGAAUACAUGAUGCUGCCGCCUCUGCGACCCGAGUACGAUGCAGACGGCGAGCUUACCGCCACAGUCCAAUUCAACGCAUCAAUGAUGAACGAGCGAAGCGGUAGCAUCACCACAUCGAAUGAAGAUCUUGAGGCUCAAGGCGCAAUUGUCAGGGUCGUCUUGUUCCCACUUGUCGUCAAGAAAGGAGACGACAAUGGCAAGGGCGAUGAAGAAAUCGUUGUGUGCCCAGCCCAAGUUCUGGUCCCUCGCUCCAGGAUGUUUCCUGGUGCGAGUGACGGCGGAAGUACCUCUAUUGGCGCACGAAGUCAUAUUAGCCUUGUGACUGAGACGAUGGGCCAAACUGAGGUUGACUAUUAG